ACGUAUAAUAGCAUGUAUUUGGGGCUACCAAGUUUACUAAAAACACGAAAAUUGUCAAAAAUGUUGAGUAAUCCUAAAUCGAUGGUCAGGAGGCUGUAACUAACUUUGUGCUACGAUUCGUGAUUCUUAUCGCUAGAUUGCCAAGUGAUAUGAUCUCCAAUUCCAAAAAGUACAAAGAUCUUUAUCAAGCAAAAACACUAAUUCAUUGUCCAAAUAAAUUUUACAAACCGUAACUCUACAAUACUCUUCCAUACUAUUUAUGACAUACUAUGAAUCGUUACAAGAUUCAUCGCAUCCUCCAUUUUCGUGUGUUGUACAUCACUCGAUCGAGUACACGAUGCCGCGGCAUCUUUCACGAGGUGAUUUCUCUCUUGCAUAUCUGUUAUCGACUUUGACAAAGAACAAUUUACUUGCAGACUAUGAAACGAACUAUGGAAACCGUCGGCGCUCGCGCAAGCGUUAGUUAUUAAUUGAUCGACGAGCAAGGAAGAGAUUUAACAGCGAGUCGAUAGUACAUACGAAUCGAAUGUGAAUCGAAAUGGAAUCCGGCAAGGCUCUGUAAGGGAAUUCUCAAAAUCGUUCAAAGUGUUAUACGGAAUCUCACAUAAUUGCGGCGCCAGGAUAAUCCAUUUGAGAUGAAAACCGAUAAUUCGGUACGUAAUGUGAAACUACUUGGACACGAACAUAACCUGUGAUUAAUAAUUUGAAGGCGUCAUAGACCGAACGAAUGUGACCUCUCUCGCAAUUGCAUUUGUGACUCUGGCUAUGGUUUCUCCACGAUUCAUGGAGUUUCUUCAUUGAAUAUCGUCGAUUAUGUCGAAUUCUUCGCCGAUAUCGAAAUGCACGUUCAAACAGGCUUGAUCGAUUGUUCCAGUUAAUACACAUUGUUUCAAUCAAAUUCGAUUUAGUUUGCUUCGUGUGUUUGUUUCAUCGUUGACUUGAAGCGAAUGACGUUCAUCAUACUCUGUGAACGAGGUAAACCAACGGGGUCUUGGUUUGGCACGAAGUGCGUGUAAAUAAUUUGGUGUAUUUGUGAUAUACGAUAGUAUUCAGUUGGCUUAUUUGAUAUUUGGAGAAGAAAUUUUUGAAAUUGUAUGUAUAGGGAUGCAAUGAAUUUUUAGAAAAACAGUCGAGAGUAAAAAUUGUCAGCACUAACAUCUCUCGAAAAUAGGUGAAUUGCUAUUAAAAUUCCGAAUUGAUAAGAUGAUCAAUAAGAUAUUCAACGAUGAUAAUAUUACGCAAGUGGUUGUAACGUUUUUAUUGAAAAGUAGAUAUAUUUCAGGUGUUUUAAGAAAGAAAUUAUUGACAAAAUAUUUAUGAUGUAAGAUUUUCAUAAAUAUUUGCUGUCCUAUUAUUUACCCAGAUCGCCAGAUUUAACGCUGCAAUUUCAAUACACACGACUUAAAUUGUGAUGAGAUAUUUCGAAUUCUGUUAAUUUUUAUUUCCAUUAAUACGAAACAAUCGAUUUCAAGAAUUUAUUUUGAAAUACAUAUGGAGUUUUUUUAUUUUUACUACAAAUUGCGAGCUUUUAAAUCGCAUUUCAUUAUUUUAGUGAACAGCAAAAAGGUUUAAUCCUACAAUAAAAAAAUUAACGAGAUAACAUAGUAACUGCUAUUGUAUGUAGCAAUAAAAAUAAUCAGACAAUGUAAAACACUCUCUUUUGCAGAAAGUUACCAUUAAAAACAAUUCCAAGAUGAACAGAAGCAAAGACCUCGCCAACAAUUACUAUGUUACGAAUUAAAUUUGGUGGAAACGAACGUAUUAAUUAAUAUUUGAAGGUAUCAUGGCCCCAUGAAGUUGAUAAAUUUUUCAAAUAUGAAUUCAAUUUUUCGCAACCUUGCUAUGACAAGACACUUUUAAUAAAACUGUCUUGUAGAUACUCUUUGGAGGUAAAAUUUUAAAUGCAUUUGUUAAUGAUAUCUGAAAUACACGUUAUUAUCGAUCACUGUCGUCGGGCGUGCUGUUUCUGAUUUGAAAAUGUAUUAGGUUCUCGGAGAUUCCGUGUAGAUUUCCGCAACCAUGGCAAACGUCUGACGCGAACAUAUACCGAACGACAAUAACAUACAGCUUGCUAUUCGAAUCAAAAUUGCGGAACUCUCAUACGCCACUUACACGCGCGCAACCUAUUCGUAAAUGUGUUUUGUAAAUUCGAUUCGCGAGAGCGUCGACGUUCCUGUCAAAUUGAUUUUCAUUGUUCCGAGAAAUCCGCAUGACUUUCGUACACCGUGCAAACAUUUGCGCCUCCGAGGAAUCCAUAGUCUUCAUAUGCUUCUUAACAGAUCGAAGGUAACCAGAAAUGGAACUUGACGAAGAAAUAACUUUUUUAUUCAUUCAACGAUAGGAUAUUUUAUAGGAUAUUUAGCGUAUUUCAAAAUUAAAAGAUCAAUAAAAGAAUAUAAGCAUUCAAAGGUUGUUUGACGUCAAAUUUAUAUUCAUACUUUAAUUUAAAUUGAAACUUAAUAUUUUACACCUAUCGUUAAAUUCUGUUGAUUUCAUUAGCCCCAUUCGAUUUACACUUUACCGCAUCGUUGCUUUCGCAGGAAUAUUAUUACUAAUGAAACAUACGAAUAUAUUUUACCAUAUGAAAUGAGGCGAACGCUAAAUCGGCACCGUUUUGUUAAAAUCGAAUGUCGAGUAAGUAUAUUGUAAUGAAGCAGAAAUUUAUACUUCCAUUUAGCGUUUUUAAUACCUAUCGAUGCGUUGUCUGUACAUUUUGCUGUGUACAGCCUACCAUUCAAAUGCUUCCAAAUUUCACGAUUUCGCCAGUUUCUAUGAAUAUUUUACCCUUCGAUCGGUUUUGCAAAAGCCAUUGCGGUCGUCGCCUAUUAUUCCCCAGCUAGUUCAUUUGUUGCGCGAAACAACUUCGUUCUCAGCCGACAAAUAUUCGAAAGUUGAUAUCGAUGCGGUACUGAUAAAGCUGCUAUCGCAAAAAUUCGUCGACCGAAUCCAAUUUAGAUCGCAGUCAAAUCGUUUUGCAAGGAAUCUUCCAUGUAUACCUCGUGUAAAAUAUUGCUUGUCGAACUUGUAUCGGAAUUGCUAAAACGAUUACGCCUAUCUCGCAUAUCAUGUUUGUUUCCAACGGUUAAGUAUUUUUUUGUUUUUUUUUUUUCAACGUCAGAAUAAAGAAACAUUCGUUCAGAAUAUAGAUAAGAGGUUUCAAAUUAAUUUUGUCUGUGCUUGACGUGAACUUUAGCAAAAUUGAUUUUACGUGAGUUUAUCUAGAUUUGUAUGUUUUAUGCGCUGCUUUCGGUUGCAAUUCAGAGAUAUAUGAAUGUAUCCUUCUAUGAUUCAUUGUAAGCGUGGAAUGUAUUUUCUAAUCAAAUAGUCAAUUACUAUACAUGUAUACGAUUACCAAAAUACCUUAUCGUAAACAAGAGUUUUGACAUUUGUAUCGUAAAAAAAUAUUAAUCGGUCGAUUAAAGUCAGAAAUUGGGGAUGUAUGGAUACUCCUGUAACUCACUGUACCAUGGACGUAUAUAUUUCUUUCUUUCGAAGACCUUCUCAAUUGAAAUUAUUUCAUGUAAUCACUUAAACUUAAAUUUCAAUCGUCGUCGUAUCAACAUUUAUUUUCUAACGAAGGAAAUGUGACAGACUCAACCCAAAUACAUUUUCUCUCCAAAUUCCGACGUUCGAUCCUCGUAGACUUCCUCUUUUUACUCUGGUAAUAACCAGUGUUUCUCAUGCGCGCACGUUGAAACGCUCUUGAUCUUCAAAGCUAGGGACAACCCUUUUACACGCAGACGAAGUAAGCCGGCAUCGUGAAGUGGAUGAGGUUGCAAUAUUCAGAUGCCGUUAGGGUGGAUUUUCUCAUCCAAGGCGAAUGCCUCGACUUAAAGCAGCCAAGAUCAACGUGGAAUACUUGGCCACGCUGCAAUGACAUCAAGGAAUAACUGGCUUUGCGAUUGUCAUCCUUAAGUAUCCAACCACCAAGGGGCAUAAUUAAGAGAACACUUUGCCGAAGUUCUUGGCUGCAUUGGUUUAAGCUCAAAUAAAAUUCGGCUUUGGUGGACGAUACGGGCGGUUUGUUUUUCUUUCUUCUUUUUCGUCCAGGCAAAGAUCUGUAAGUACCUUAAUUACACGUAAGACACACUUUUUACCAGUAAAAAAGCUGCAAGUAGGACUCUAUCAUCGUGGAAAUGUAAUAAAGAUGGGAAAUAGAGUGAAAGGAGAAAAGUAGAAAGCCGAAUAAAGUGUGUUUCGAUAUAUCGAUCAGGUGUUCCAGUGUUGAAGUAUAUCGCAGACAUGUGAGUGCAAUAAACUUGGUAUUUGUGCCAUUUAGAAGCAAAGGAUGUCCACUACGUCCACCAUGAAAAGGGGCAAAGAUAAAAACAUAUUUAAAACAAAGGAAAUUAUUUCGACUGAAGAUGAAACAUUAAAUAAAGGAAGAUAUGAAGGUGUAAAAAUAUUAUAGGAAAUUGUAACAUGAAGUUGAGACUUUUAAGAAGGUGAAUUUCAGACAUACAUAAUUUUGUAUAAUUUUAUCGUUUCAUUUUUCAUAAUGCUGUACAAUUUCCAGUUUCUUCUACAAUUUCAUCUCGUGCAUAUUUUACUUUUUGGAAAAAUAGUCGGACAAAAAUUUGAAGAAUACACAUUAAAGAUAUAUUAAAGCUUUCAUCUAAAAAUUAUUUUUCAGGCUGAAUAUAAACAUAAAAAAUAUUUCGCCCCUUUUUGGAAGAAGAAAGAAUAUUUAAAAUUUCCAUAAGACUCGUAUUGCCAUCGUAAUAGAAACAUCCGAUAUUUUCGUAAUAUGCGUAAUAUGUAUAACCGCGAUAACGGUUCUCUCGGCGAUCGGUGUCUCUAAAUUCGACCAGACACGUAAAGACAAAAUUUAUCCCCCUAUAAACUCAAAUACGAAUUCGUUAAACGACGUGAGUCGUAGAUUGGUAGAUAGAGUAGCGUGGAAGAUCGCGGCGCGCCAUCAUCAAUCUCCAUCCCCUCGGCGACCUUAUCACGCCGGACCAAUAUUUCACGAGUUACAAGCGUAAAUCUUUCCCGAUCGGACGACCAUUGAGAAAAGAGGAGCCGACUCGACGGAACGGAUACUUUGAUCUAAGGCGAUAUUUCGACGAACUGAUCGCUAGCGUGCACACGCGUAAAUAUUUCCAUAAUUGGUCGCAGCCCAUCGGUCAGGACGGGCCAGGGUCAAGCGACGAUGCUUUCUUCCCCGAAUCACGGACAGGGUUCGUGACGCAGCAGCAUCGCCUAAUCUCCAUCUCCAAUCGCAUACGUUGGGUCCAGUGACGCGGUCGGUUCAACGUUGGUAACGACACACGCGAAGUGCAUGACCAAAGCGUACAGACACGGUACGGCACAGUACGGUACGGCAUGGGUGGUGAUGGUGCGCUCGCGCACCCUGCAAGGUUGAGGGGUGACGGCGACGCGACGCGACGCGACGCGAUGGUCGCGGCGUCUGAGCGGAAGGGAGGGAAAGCACAGGUGGGGGGUGGUCACUGGAACGAAAGAGACGAAAGACGAGCGAGAGACGAAGGAUAGUGGUGGGGAAGUCGAACGUCGGUGGAGUAUGUGUGGUAGGGGAAAAGCGAGAGAGAGAGUAGGGAGUUCGCACGCCGACCGGAACGGCCCCACCGAGUUUUAUCCAACGAUCCGGGAGGCUCGUCGAGGUAGUGGUCCGCGCCCCACAGCCGCGACAGCUCGAAACGCGUGUCGUUGUGCUGCGUCCGUUUCUCUGUCUCUUGGUAACGUAUCUCCUCUCUGAAAGGGAAGCAUUGACAGGAAAGUCGUUCGUCGAGGCUCGAAAUUCGUGUGCUGCUCGGUGUCGUCGCUACACCGACACCGAUAUUCGUGUUUUAUUCAAAAGUCGAACAACAUUGGGGGUCGGGGUGGUGAAUUCUCUUUGCUUUCCGGCGGAGAGAAGAGCGCGCGAUUCGGAUCGCGAACAGAGAACGAGACGUUCGUUCUGUAUCCGCGAGGUGGUGGGCAAUGAUAACAGGAGGCAACGUUCGGGAGGGGGAGACCUCUGCUGACAGUGUCAUCGUCGCAGGAUUCUGAGUUACUGGAAAAAAGAUUUCGAGGAAUUAUCGUCGAUUAACGUCGUAUACCGGUGCGUGCGGUGAGCUCGUGCCAGGAGCUAAAAACACAGAGUUUCGUCGAACCUGAAAAAUUCGAGGUAGACAGUGAAUCGGAUCGUGUUAGUAAUAUACGUGUUUCGUGGUACGUUUUUCGCUCGAUUCGAGAAUUUAUACGGCGGGGACUUGCAGGAGGUUGUUCGGUGAUACCCAGCAACGUUUGCAGGUGCCAGGACAUUCGGGGGUGGUGCCGGUUACGCGCUUCUGUUCCCGACUCGUACGCGACACGAUCACGAGCGUUCUGGGGGAAGAGACGCCUUCGACAUUCGCACCUGGACAUUCGCGUGGUGUCAGCACUCAUGCUUUAGUAAAACAGCGAAGAAACUGAGAGAGGAGCGGACAAGAGGCAGCACGAUGUGGCGUAUACUCGUGGUCGCGGUCCUGCUGGUGACCACGGUGUCGGUGGACGGCGAUAAAGUGGUGGUUCUGCCUCAUGACGUCUAUCCGGGCUACGAAGUGACGCUAUUCAACACAAAACGGCCAUCGAACUUUCAUCUAAUGGAGAACAAUUUUUCCAAGUUCUUCACCGUGCUCGGGAACGGUCUGGUGAUGACCACGUCCGACUUAUCGCCGUUGGUCGAUCGAUCAGUCAACCUUAUCGUACUGGAGGAAUUGGCCAACAGCACCGAAACGCAUUUCCUUCAUCUCUACGUAAUUAAUCGCAGAAAUAUGAUCACCUUCUCUCACGAUCACUUGGGCGAGGGAGAGGUUGCAGAGAAUUCUGCCGCGGGCACCUUGAUCGACGGUUUCCCUGUUCUAAGGGCUCGAGGGAGCUUUCCGGUUCAUUAUACCAUUCUGCCGGACGAGACAGGCGACAGACCGUUCGCCUUGAAAGAGGAGGAUUCGAAUCAAACGGGAUUCAACUUGACGUUGAACAGCCAAAAGGAGGGCGUCAGAGUGGUGACCGCAAAACCUCUGGAUCGAGAGACUAAGAAGCUUUACACGGUCGUGAUCCACGCUUCUGACGGCUAUCUGCUGAGCAGUUCGCAAAUCAACGGUCUGGUGCACGUGUUGGACGAGAACGACAACAGUCCCGUGUUCGAAAAGGAGCAGUACACGUUCGAGAUCAGACCGACCAGCUCGGACGGUAUUAACGAGAAUUCCGUCGCUCUUCCUGGCUGGAAACGAUUCUCCACCGUGGGCAAGGUGGCGGCGAAGGACGCUGACGGUGACAAAGUCGCGUACAAAUUGCUUACACCGAGCAGCCUACUGGUGGUCGUGCCACAGACCGGGGAACUGAUGCUCGUUGGCGAACCGGAAAUUACCAUGGAGGAGAACAGCGAAUGCGUGGUGAUCGUGGAGGCCCACGAUGUGCGUAGCCCGAGUCGAUCGACAGAGAAACCGGCCAAGGUCGUCGUAAGAUUUUUAACGUCCGAUUCGACGGAGGUGGAGGUACAUAGAAUACAGAAGAGAAGGGUGACGAGAGCUGUUAGGCCUACGAAGAAGGUGGACUUCACGGAAGCGGACGGCGACGUCGAGGGAAAAAUCGCGUUUUAUUUGGAAAAGGAGAAUGAGAAAGAGACGUACAAGAUCAGGGAUGAGAAUAAGUGGGUCACGGUAGACUCGAAUGGUUCGGUUAUAGUCAAACAAAAAUGGGAUUACGAGGAGCUGGGAUCGGAAAAGACCAUUGAUUUUUGGGUGACUAUUACGAACACAGAACGGUGUUCGCGGUAUCCAUCGUACAUGCGGUGUCCAUUCCACGACACGGACAAUCAGCGUGUCAUUAUCAACGUGAAGGACGUUAACGACGAGCCACCGUACUUCAUAAAUCGGCCUCUACCAAUGCAAACGGUCGUACAACUGAAUGCACCGCCGAAUACUCACGUGUUUACCCUUCAAGCCAGGGAUCCUGACACCGACAGCAAUAUUCACUAUUUCAUCGUACGAGAUCGAACUGGAGGCCGUUUCGAGGUAGAUGAGCGAUCCGGCGUUGUACGCACCCGAGGGACCGAUCUUUUUCAGCUGGACAUGGAAUACGUUCUGUACGUGAAAGCGGAGGAUCAGAACGGUCGUAUAGAUGAGAGGCGUUUUCAGUCGACUCCUGAGGAGCGUUUAUCGAUCGUAGGUGGAAAACGCGCGCCGCAGUUCUAUAUGACGGCGUAUGAAGCUGAAAUACCGGAAAACCAGAAGAAGGAUUCCGAUAUCAUAUCGGUGAAAGCAAAAUCAUUCGCCGAUCGUGAAAUUCGGUACACGCUGAAGGCACAAGGACAAGGUGCAGCGGGAACAUUCAAUAUCGGACCAACCACUGGCAUUGUGAAAUUGGCGAAAGAAUUAGACUUCGAAGAUCUACGUCAACCACACAUUUAUUCUCUUAGUGUCACAGCUACCGAAGAUUCUGGUGGUUUCUCCACGUCAGUCGAGUUAACCAUACGGGUUUCGGAUGUAAAUGAUAACGCACCGAAAUUCGAAUUGCCUGAUUAUCAAGCACACAACGUGGACGAGGACAUAUCGUUAGGCACAAGUAUACUGAAAGUGAAAGCAACCGAUGCGGAUUCUGGUGCAAACGCGGAAAUAGAGUAUCUGGUGUCGGACGACCACUUCAGCGUGGACUCGAGUGGGAUCAUUGUUAACAAUAAACAGCUGGACGCUGAUAACAACAAUGCUUACUACGAAUUCGUAGUUACCGCCAAAGACAAAGGUGAACCACCGAAAACUGGCACGGCGACAGUCCGUAUAUAUACGAAGAACAAGAACGACGAGGAACCAAAGUUUUCGCAGCAGGUGUACACGCCAAACGUGGACGAGAACGCCGGACCUAACACGCUGGUCACAACUGUCGUCGCUUCCGACAAGGACGGCGACAAUGUUCGGUUCCGAUUCGUCGGUGGUAAUACCACAUCCGGCCAGUUCGUAAUCGAGGAGAUCACCGGUGUGAUUCGUCUCCAUGGAAAAGCGAUCUCUUUGGAUAGAGAUAAAUACGAGCUGAACGUGACUGCUCUCGACGACGGUGCUUGUUGCCCCAAUGGAGAAACCACUACACACACCAGCACAGCUGUUGUCGUGGUCUUCAUUACUGACGUGAACGAUAACAAACCAGUUUUCAAGGAAUGCAGCAUGUACAAUCCGAAAGUCGAAGAAGGUGCGCCAAAUGGUAGCACCGUAAUCAAGGUUCAAGCUACUGACGAAGAUAAGGGAGUGAAUGGACAAGUGAAAUACUCGAUCGUACAGCAACCGAAUCAGAAGGGAACCAAGUUCACCGUCGACGAAGAGACUGGACAAGUUUUGACGAAUAAGGUAUUUGAUCGUGAAGGCGAUGAUGGCAAAUUUGUAUCAGUUACCGUUAAAGCAACGGAUCAGGGUGAACCUUCCUUGGAAGGUGUUUGCUCCUUCACUGUUGAAAUCACCGAUGUUAAUGAUAACCCACCACUGUUCGAUCGUCAGCGAUACGUAGAGAAUGUAAAACAGGACGCCAGUAUCGGAACAAACAUUCUUAGAGUAUCGGCAUCGGACGAGGAUGCCGAUAAUAACGGUGCCAUAACGUAUUCGUUGAGCUCUCCUAACAAUGAACAAGGAUUGGAGUACUUUGAGAUUCAACCAGAGUCUGGUUGGAUCGUCUUAAAGAAGCCCCUAGACGAGCAGGUGGGAACGACAUUUUUUGAGCCCCACGUACGGUGUACUUCAACCUCUACGCAUUUUGUGGGCUGUUUUCCACGUGACAGCUAUCGCCUGCGAGUACGGGCCUCCGACAGAGGGAUGCAAGUGUUGCACGCAGACGUGGACGUUGAGUUAGACGUCGUAGACAGAAACAAUAAACCACCUGUGUGGGAUGCGAAUGUAUACGGCCCCAUUCACAUCAAAGAAAAUGUCACAGUGGGUACUGUAGUGACGUCGGUGAAAGCCAGCUCGGGAAUCGACAAUAAUCCAACGGUGUUUUAUCGGCUAAUGCCUGGCUCCACCGCACAGACCAACAAGUUUCACACGUUUUACCUUCAGCAACGAGCCGAGAAGUCUGUCACCUGGGCGGACAUCAAGGUUAACCAUCAGUUGGAUUACGAGAGCAUAAAGGAAUACAAUCUGACUAUACGAGUCGAGAACAAUGGCGCUCAACAACUCGCUUCUGAAGCAACCGUCUAUAUUGUCCUGGAAGACGUUAACGACGAAAUACCUUUGUUCACCGAACGUGAGCAAGAAACUGUACUCGAGGGUGAACCAGUUGGCAGUAAGGUUACUCAAGUCAACGCGAUUGAUAAGGAUGGCACUUUCCCGAACAAUCAGGUGACGUAUUAUGUGGUGGACAGCGACAGGAACGAGGGAAAGGAUUACUUCGAGAUCAACAGAGAAACUGGCGAUAUCUUCACGAAGGUGAUGUUCGAUCGUGAAAAGCAGGGCGCGUACGCAUUGGAAGUGGAAGCCAGGGACGGUGCACCAUCCGCGAGACCCAACAGCAACGGCCAGCCGAAUUCUGAUUCAAGGGGCUGGGUCAAGAAGUGCUUAAUAACACGCCUGUAGAAAUCAUCAUUUUCAACGACGGCCCAACUUCUGACACUCGACAAACUGAAAGAAUCUUUAUCUCAAGCCGAUUCGAUCAACGGGUAGGAAAGCUCGUCGAAUA